AUGGAUGAAUGUUAUGAUUACCUAUAUGAUGUCAAUGCAAAACAAUUAACCUGGAAUUUCAAGGUAUACGUAGUAAGACUCUGGGAGAGUCCUAGUAAAUUCAACGAGAAAGAAGUGGGAUCAAUUGAGAUGAUUCUUCAGGAUAUUAAGGGUGAUAGGAUUCGUGCUUCAAUUCCUAACCCGGUUUUGAAAAAGUGGUUGGGUAACAUCCAAGAGUUCUGCAUGUAUAUGAUGAGUAACUUCAUAGUUGUUGAUAACAAGAUAAAGUCCAGGGUAACUUCAGUAAAGUGGGUCCUCACUUUCUCCCAUUGGACCAUUGUAAGUCCAGUCGAAAAUCCAAGCUAUUUUCUUGAAGCAUUUCAAUUGAAGACUAUUUCUGAGUUACUAAAUGCUGAAAAGCUUGAAAAUACCGAACUGUUCGAUUUUGACUAUACUCAAUGUGUUUUCUUUCUAGACAUGAUUGCAGAGGUUGUUGGAAAAGAGGAUCCACGAGAGUUGGUUACCAACAACGGAAAAGAAAUAAGACGACUGACAGUUAUUUUGGAAGAUUUAGAGGGCAACAAGAUUGGUUAUACUCUAUUCGGAGAAACGGUUGAUCACCUCUUUCCACACCUAGAAGAUGUGAUUGUAGUUAAAACUAAGCCAAGAGGCCGCAUCAAGUUUAAUGAUAGGACAGAGGGUCAGGAACCUUACCAGAUUGACGACCUAACUCCUACGAAAAUGAUGGCUGAUACCGGUGAGCCAAUCACUCUUAGGUCUGCUAUUAUGAAUGAUGACAUCAUUGACCUUGGAAUAGAUGCCGACACACUUCCACCAGAGGACGACGAUCUUCAAUAA